AUGGCAAAAAGUGUUUUGCUCCUUAGUAACAUAAACAGUAGUGUGAAAAGUAAGAUAACUUCUUUGCACAUAGAAGAGGUAGAUGGGGUAGAGGAGGUCACUUUCGACGAGAACUCUGCUUCCAUAUUGUUCAAUGACAGUAUAAUUGAUGCGAACAGGUUAGUAGCAAUUAUAAACAGUAGCAAAAAUAUGGAUGGAGAGUUCCAAGAGGAAGAUAAAGUAGAAAAGGACAACACACUGAACGAAUUCGUUCAUGGUGAAAAUGUCGAAGAUGUAAACACGUUUACUUUUUAUCCGAAGGGAAAGAAGACAAAAGGUAAUCACCACAAUAGUUAUGCUAAAAAUAUCAAUUUGGGAAAAAAUAUGGAUGAAGGGGUGAACUCGAGGGGGAUACCCGAUGGGGAUGGAUAUGUGACUUUAGAAAAUGCAUUUGGCGUUGGUGAAGGCGUUGAUAAGCACGUUCACGGUGGUGACAGUGGUGAAAAUUUGGGGCAUGAAAAAAUAAGCCGACAGUUUAGCAGUGGAUAUGCCGGGAGUUACUGUGAAGAGGGGUAUCAAGAAAUUUAUAGGAAGGGCAUGGAUGAUGGGCUAGGUGACGGAUUUGGUGGUAAUGUGCAUGAUAUGCAGACCGGUCAGUGUCCUGGUGAGCGCCCUGCUAACGUUACGGAUAACAUCUUGAGGGAUGCUCAUAACGGAAGAGGAGGCAAAAAUGCGCAUGCGGCCAACAAGGCAGAAGUGGAAGGUGAACACGGAAGUGAUAAAAACCCCCUCCAUAGCGAAAACUUCAAUACCCUCCAGUCGGUUACCCAAACCAAAAGGAGCAAGCAGCAUGGUAAGAAGCAGGAGAUGGACCAAUCGAACCGUCAAUGCGCAAGGAAGGACGGGUGCAAGGAGGCACAGUUACGUAAGGGAGAUUCACUCCAAAGUGAAAGAAGCCGAAGAGGAAACAUCUUCCAAGAUUACGAAACGUACAGAGGGAAAAAAGAAAAUAUAUACAUUUGCGAAUUGAGAAUUUACAACAUGACCUGUGACAAUUGUGGAAAUAAAAUUAUCAAAUUUUUAAAAGACAAAAAUUUAAUCAUGGAUGGAAAUAGUUUCGCAACAGAUAGUAAAGUCAAGUUAAAGUUGAACGUGUCUUCUGAGGGGGAUUCUUAUAACCCCAGCAUCGGUUUCAACUACCAAGGUAGCGAUAACAAUAGUGUAAAAAAUUUUGUGAACAAAAUAAUGAAUGAAAUAAAGGACAGCGGAUUUAAUAACGACUUGAUAGAUUUGUACAAGGAUGAAGAUAACCAAAGUAACGGCAUCCUCUUUGACAUAACUUUGUAUGUAUUUAGGGACGACGUGAUUAAGGCCUAUGACUUGUUGAAAAAUAUGAAGGGAAUUAAAAAUGUAGAAUAUGAUGUGCGGCAUGAGUAUGUCUACAUUUUGUAUAACCCAGAUGUGGUCGGAAUUAGGUUCAUUUUGGAAUGCUUAAAAAAGAAGAAAAAUAUCGACGCUUACUAUGAUGAAGAUAAGGAAAAAUUUUUUAGAAGCACAAAAAAUAACGAAAUGAAUAAUUCUCGUAAAUUAAUUGAACUUUUGUGUUGCUUUUUUUUGAGCAUUGUCAUUAUAGUGCUUAAUAAUUACCAAAUGAAUAUGGGUUCAAUGAAUGGCUUCUACUCCUAUGGUAAUUACAAGAAUUACGUGAAUAUGCUUAAUUUUUUCAACUUCAAAAAUGGGAAAGGUGAUUUUGGGGGGGAGAACAAUUUUUCCUUCGGUCCCUCUUUCACCGAACGGUAUUUUCCACAUGGGGAAGAGGAGGGAAUGACCACGACGGGUGGAAGUGCAUCUACACGCGUUUUCACUUCCGAUGUGGAGGGCAACUCUAGAAAGGGGAAGUUCCAGGAGGUUGCACCAAGUGAUGGGAAGGAAGGCAAGGGGGAAGACAACUCGACCAUCGUGAACCCCGAAAACAUAAAUGUUAGGAUGGCUCAGGGUAAAGAAGUUGGUAAGGGGGUGGACCAUUUGGAGGAAGGGGCCGCAGAAGUGGAAGAUGGAGAAGGACUCCACGCUGCAGAUGACAAAUCUGGAGAGAAAAACACGAAGGCGAAACAAACGAAAGAACGCGGGAAGGAUAGAUUAUUCCCGUCUGACAAAAUACAAUUAAAAACAUAUGAGGAAAAUGGUGUGAAUGAUGAGGAAGGAGUGGAGGAUGCCGUGGGAAAGAAGGCGCACACUUCGAAGAAGAUUAUUCCGAACUCUAACUACUUUCAGAAGGCGUCUUCAAAUGGUGGACAUAUUAAGAAGGGGAGUAUGACCGAGAUUGGCGAGGUGGAUUUUUUGUUUGACUUUCGACGGGAUGACAAGCAGAAAGAAGAGGUAAAUGGAGGAAAACGUGCAGGAACGUCUAACGAUGUAGCAGCGUCCGCUGAAGGGGCUGUUCUCAGGAAGGACCCUCAUCCCAGGGGAGAAUCCGUUGCACAUUUUCAUGCCCGCUUCAGCAGAGGUGCAAGCGCAAAGGGGAAGACCGUAAAUUCGGGAAAAGAAGUGAAAAUGGAAUCGGCCCAAGAGGGAAACAUUAAAGAAGAGGAAGAAGAACAAAGUGGUAAAAUGGCAAAAGGGAGUACCAAGGAGGAACAAUUAUUAAAAAGGGAAUCCAUUUUUUAUGAGAACAAUUUAAACAGUAGUAUGGCCAAUACGUCGUCAAGCACGUAUCUGGACAAUAAAAUAUUUGGAAACCUGCCGCUCAGGUUAUUCUUUAUUUUUUUGCUAAGCUCCAUUGUUUACCUUUAUUUCGGAUUUCAUUUUGUUUUAAAUGGAUACAAGAAUUUUAAGAAUGGAAUAAUAAGCAUGAACGUUUUAAUAUCCAUCAGUUCCUCGUUUUCCUACUUUUACUCCCUGCUGCUUUUGCUCUUCUGUUUGUUUUUUUCUGUUGACAUGGACGGAAUUCCACUCUACUUCGACUCGUCCGCUUUGCUAAUAUGUAUAAUGAAAUUAGGGUUCGAAAUUGAAAACUUCUUAGUCAGUUUUACGAAAAAGAAAAUAGAAGAUUUGUAUGAGAGGAACACCAAUCAAGUAUACAUCCUGGAGAAGAGGAAUGACAAAACGGAAGAUACCCAGUUAAAGAAGCAGAUAAGUAAUUGUACGGUUAGCAGUUUGCAAAAUGGGAAAGACAAUGGGGCAGCACUUUGUCAUAGCAACUCGAGUGACAAUCGAAAUGUGUCCCACAGUGGACAUGGAUAUAUGUCUCCUGUUGGAAGUAGUGCACUGUCUGACCUUUGCAAAAAUAGUUCUCAGUUUUCAAAGGGAGAGUUUAAGAUAGAGGAAGGAAUGGGUGGAGGAGCAGGAGAUGAUUCCCCCAGCAAGAGGCAGAUCCUCCCCCCCAUGAACGAAAAGGAGUAG